AUACUUGGUGAUGGCUGGGAGGCCGCUCGCUGAUUGGUGUAAGGUCCGGAGUGCUGGGCGGAGCCGCUGACCCGGAAGUUCACUCCUAGGUCCUGAGGAAGUGGAGGCGCCGCCGGGCCUGCGAGACCCAACCGACACCGAACCGGAGAGGAGCCGGCCUCACCCACCGCAGCCAUGAGUGACCAGCAGCUGGACUGUGCCUUGGAUUUGAUGAGGCGACUUCCUCCCCAACAGAUCGAGAAGAACCUCAGCGACCUCAUCGAUCUGGUGCCCAAUCUGUGUGAAGACCUCCUGUCCUCCGUGGAUCAGCCUCUAAAGAUUGCUCGGGACAAGGUGGUGGGGAAGGACUAUUUACUGUGCGACUACAACAGAGAUGGCGAUUCCUACAGGUCACCGUGGAGCAAUAAGUACGAUCCGCCCCUGGAAGAUGGAGCCAUGCCGUCCACGCUUCAAAGCGGCCGAACGGCGUCCCCGCGGGCGGAGAGGUCACUGCAAGCGCUGCGGCGUUCAGAGGGAGUUCUGGGGCCGCACAGAUGUUUCCAGGAGGGUAUUGGGGCGAAUUGUCUCCUCCGCAGGUAUUUCGAAGGGGGCGUGUCCUCCGUGUACCUCUGGGAUCUGGACCACGGAUUCGCCGGGGUGAUCCUCAUCAAGAAAGCCGGGGAUGGCUCCAAGAAGAUCAAAGGCUGCUGGGACUCCAUCCACGUGGUGGAAGUGCAGGAGAAGUCGAGCGGCCGCACCGCCCAUUACAAACUGACCUCUACUGUGAUGCUGUGGCUGCAGACCAACAAGACCGGGUCUGGCACCAUGAACCUCGGAGGAAGUCUUACCCGGCAGAUGGAGAAGGAUGAAACUGUGAUCUCCCUAUGGGGCCCCCCGGUCACGUCCUCCCUAUGGGGCCCCCCGUUCCAGGACAUGGAGAACAAAAUCCGAAGCACCCUGAACGAGAUCUACUUUGGGAAAACCAAGGACAUAGUCAACGGCCUGAGAUCUAUAGACGCAAUCCCCGACAACGUUAAGUUUAGACAACUCCAGCGCGAGCUGUCCCAAGUGCUGACCCAGCGGCAGAUCUUCCUCCAGCCCGAUAACUAGACCAGGUACCCACCGCGUGCCCGUCACCACCGCCCCGGUGCCCGCAUGGUGUGCGCCCGGGAGUUCCCGUCACAGCGGUGCUGCCUUGCUGCAUGGCUCGGAGUCCCUCCGGCAGCACUGAGCCGCCUCCUGUAAUGCAUGCCG